UUGACAAAAACCGAACAUCUUGAAAAUGCAACUCCUCGUUUUGCCAGCGACACAGACACGGAAAUCGAGCAGAAGACACCUGGUGGAUCUGUUUUGACGGCUUCUGCGGAAACCCUCAUCGCUUCUCCGAAGGAUUCUCAUAUGGAGGAAUACACUAGGGUUUCUCAUCAGUCCGAACAAGAAGACGGAGGAGGAUAUGGAAAAGGAGAUGGCGAUGAACAAGGCGAAAGAGAUUGUCGCCUCUUACUCGGUCGUUGUCUUCAGUAAGACAUACUGUGGAUAUUGCCAGAGGGUGAAGCAGUUGCUCACUCAGCUAGGAGCUACUUUCAAAGUCCUCGAGCUCGACGAGAUGAGCGAUGGGAGCGAAAUCCAGUUAGCACUAUCGGUCUGGACGGGGCAGAGGACAGUCCCGAACGUUUUCAUCCAAGGAAAACACAUCGGAGGAUGCGACCGAGUGAUGGAGAAUCACCGGCAAGGGAAGCUUGCGUCUCUCCUCACGGAAGCUGGUGUUGUGGCCAACAACUCUGCCCUUCUCUGAGUUUUAACUGUGUUCGCUUAUCAGACAUGACAAAAAAGGAAUUUCAUGUCUAUAACCAAAAUUGAAGAACCCUAAUUUCUCUUUCAUGUAAUGCAUGUGUUUUUAUAUAUAUAUAUGUAGAUAUC